AUGAAGAUUGAAGACAAAAACAAACUUCUUACAUGUAGGAUGAUGAUGGGAAGAGAGUGCAAGGUGACACCCAAGGUGAUGAAAGAUGUUUUCGGGUUCACGUCCGUGAGCGCUAAGAAAAAGCCCAUAGAUUAUCUCAAGAUGGCUCCAAUGGAUUGGAAGGUGAUUUCCGGGAGUGACAAAUUUACAUCAAAUGGGGCUCCUUUUUUUCUUGCGAAGGAUGUUGCUUUAGGCUUUUUCGGGAAGUUCAUCGCUUAUCAAGUCUCGGGGAAGGAUCAAGCUACUAGAUUGAACCAACAUGAACUUUUUAUAAUGAAGUGUGCCAUGGAUAAACAAAAAAGAAUCAAUGUCAUCGAAUUUAUUUGGGCAAGCUUAGCCGACAUCCAAGUACAUGAAUGGUAUCAUCCGUCGUUUGGGACUUUUGUGACGGCAUUGGCAAUGCACUUUCAAAUUUUGAAUCCGGCGAGGCUUAGGAUACAAACGGUCACACGGGCAAAGAUUAUUGACAAGGAAGAGUUGACUUGUUGUGAAUUCAUUGAUAAGAAUUUUGCUCUUAACCCCCACAAAAAGAGGCCCAAAGUCGAGCGUUUCUUUAAAGAAAAUAUUGCAAAAGGGAAAUCUUUGGAUACGCAACAAAUUGGCGACACCGAACAGGAUGCUGAAGCACACGACGAGGACGGUGCCGACACAAAUGGAAGUCAAUCGUUCUUCUUCGGCGAGGCAAGUUCAGAAAGAGUAAGGUGUCAAUACCACGCCACCGAAGAAUUCCAAGAGAGCACUAGUUUCACUGUCACCUCGCCAUAA